AUGAUGAAAGAUUUUCCCGUCCAAUCUGCAUCGGCUUUAAAGCAAAUUGAAGGAGUGCAGGAGGUUGAUGAGUCAGCCCCUGUGGACGAAUCUGGCUUGGAGUCCAAGGAUAUUGAGAUGGUCAUGUCGCAGUGCAGUGUUUCUCGUCACCGUGCAGUACUGGCCCUCCGCGAGAAUCAAGGUGAUAUCGUCAAUGCCAUCAUGGCUCUCUCUGAUUAA